AUGUCGCAUCGGAAUAUAAAUGAGAAACAGAGAAAACGAUCGUUUCUCAUCGGACAGUGUAGCCAAGAGCUUGCAGUUAAACAUCGGUGGAACGACUUUCCAGAUUCACAUAACGGAGACAACGAUUGCAACGUGACGAUAGAUCUAGACUCUCCGACGUUAGCUGCUAUCAACUACGCCGAACUACUGGAAGCAUUGGGUCUUGCGUUGUCCAGCAGCAUCUCUCAAGUCAGCCUAACUUUUUCCGAAAACGUCUCCGAUCUUGGACGACCAUUCAACAUGUCUGUUAACGGUCAUAAACCUGAUAUCCGAAAGAUCACUGUCACUGGAAACGCUCUGAUCAGUGACGGAGCUGCUCCAUACGAGAGUAUUGAGCAAUUCGUAGAGCAAAAUGUCAAUGACCCAGAAAAGAGAAGACCUAUUAGAAAGGUAAUUUCGAUUUUUGUAAUUUUUGGAUGUUUUUUGAUUUUUCAGCUACUCGUUGCCACCAAUGGAAUUGCUGCAGUUCGUUGUAUGACCACUAUCAUGAGACUCCUGAAUCACACAUUCCGUAAUGAUAAGCUUAUUCAUUUCGUUUGUAUGACCACUGAAGAUGAGACGAAAUCCAAUUCCGAAUACCUCAAAAGCGCGACAAGUUUGGCCACCUCCCCAUCGGGUAGCAACAAGAACAACUACGCGAACGUCGACGAAGUUUUGAGACAUGCCAAAGCAGAAAAAGUCGACGCUGUUUGGGCCGGUUGGGGACACGCUUCAGAAAACCCAGAGCUCCCAAGAAGACUCGCUGAAAACAAUAUUGUAUUCAUUGGACCACCAGCCAGUGCCAUGUUCAGUUUGGGAGACAAAAUCGCCAGUACUAUCAUUGCCCAAACAGUCGGAAUUCCGACUAUCGCUUGGUCGGGAUCUGGAAUCACCAUGGAGAAGACCACACGUAACAAGGGAGACUUUGUGGAAGUACCAAAGAGUUUGCUGCAGGCAGCUUGUGUGAAGACUUACCAAGAAGGAUUGGAAGCUCUGAAGACUCAUAACAUUGGAUUCCCACUCAUGAUCAAAGCUUCCGAAGGAGGAGGUGGUAAGGGAAUCAGAAAGUGCACCAAGCUUGAAGACUUCAAGAGCAUGUUCGAAGAAGUCGGACUUGAAGUUUCCAACUCUCCAAUCUUCUUGAUGAAGUGUGUUGAGAACGCAAGACACAUUGAAGUCCAACUCAUCGCUGAUCGCUAUGAAAACGUUAUCUCUGUUUUCACCCGUGACUGUUCUAUCCAACGUCGUUGCCAAAAAAUCAUUGAAGAGGCUCCAGCUUGUGUUGCUCCAAGUGAGACUCGGAAACGUAUGCAAGAGGACGCUGUCAGAAUUGCCAGAUAUGUUGGUUACGAGUCAGCUGGAACUGUCGAGUACUUGUACUUGCCCGAAGAUGACACCUAUUUCUUCCUGGAACUCAACCCAAGACUUCAAGUGGAGCAUCCAGCCACUGAGAUGAUCUCCAAUAUCAGCAUCCCAGCUAUUCAGAUUCAAAUCGCUAUGGGACUUCCACUUCACAAGAUUCCAGACAUCCGUAAUCUCUACAACCUCCCAAAGGAUGGAGAUUGUGAGCUGCCAGAUGAAACUCUUGUUGAUACUCCACUUCACGCAAUUGCUGCUCGUAUUACCAGUGAGGACCCAGAUGACAGUUUCCGUCCAUCCACAGGAAAAGUCAAAGAGCUUAACUUCCGUUCAUCUCAAGACGCCUGGGCUUACUUCUCAGUUUCUGGAGGAGGACAAGUGCACGAAUACGCUGAUUCACAGUUUGGUCACUUGUUCGCACGCGGAACAUCCAGACGCAUUGCGAUCGCAAACAUUGUUGGCGCAUUGAAGGAGAUGGAAAUCAAAGCAAGUUUCAAAUCGCAAGUCUCCUACCUUAUUGACUUGAUCCACGAGCCUGAUUUCGCCAACAACGUUUUCAACACCCAAUGGUUGGACGAACGAAUUGCGAGAAAAAUCAAACAGGUUUGUGGUUUUAGACUUUUCAUUCGGGUUCGUAUCAUGACCUUUUUUUUGCAGAAAUGCACUAUUCCGGUGAGCGACGUCAUUGCUGUCAGUGCCGCCGUUAUCGGUCAUGCACGAAUCAGCGAAGUCUUCGGCAAGUUCCAAGAAGCAAUCGAGAGAGGACAAGUGUUGCCGCCAAAUAACCUUACCGAGACUGUUCUUUUUGAUCUUGUCCGUGACCUAAAGAUCUAUUCCGUGAAGGUGACUCGUAGUGCUCCUGACUCUUACGUGAUCCUUCUCAAUGGCUCCAAUACUAACGUCAAUAUAGUCAAGUUUGGAGACCAAGGAACCUUAAUGGCAACUCACAGAGGAAGCGUGUUCCGUUGUAAUAUUGAAGAAACUCCUGAGGAAUUCAAGGUCAGCAUCGCAAACCAAACUAUCACUUUUGAAAAGGAUAACGAUCCAAGUGUUCUGAAAUCCAAUGUCACCGGAAAGUUCUUGUCUUACAAAAGGGAAGAGGGAGAGUAUCUUAAUGUUGGAGACUGCUAUGCCACUCUUGAGUCGAUGAAGAUUGUCUUCCCGAUUGAAGUCAAAAAGGCUCCAGGAAGGCUUGUGAAAACGGCCCAAGAAGGAGACAUUAUCUACCCAGGAAGUAUCAUUGGAAAACUUGUGGAUCAAGGAGACUCCGACAUGUACCGCCCAACACAAUUCCUCGGAACAUUCCCAGAGUGGUCUUCUGCCGACAACUCGUCGAACGAAAACAAAGUUCAUCUCUACAACGCUUGCCUGGAGAAAUGCCGCAACAUUCUGGCUGGAUCCGUUCCAUUAGGAGGGGUAGCUGAAGUCAAUGCUCUUGUCACCGAACUUUUCCGUUUCUUGAAUGUCAGCAAUCUCUCUAGAUUCAUUUUGGAGCCAACCAUCUUGCACGUCACCAGAAACUUCUCACCAAGUGUGCAACAAGCGUUCCUCGAUGUUGUCGAGAAGCCAUGCUUCACUGGAGACAAACUCAGAAUGGUGUUGAAUGGAUACAAGCUUGAAUCUCCUGACGACUAUAACAAAUUUGAUGCCGCUGUCAACGAGUUCGCCUAUGGAGCAAAUGGAUUCGCUUCUGGAGUGCUCAACAGUCUUCUUCGUGACUACAUCAGUGUUGAGAAGUACUUUGAAGGAAAAGGAUACGAUGAUUCGGUUGCUGAAAUCAAGGAGAACAACACAAAUGGAGAUGCUGUGGUUCAGACCAUUUAUUCUCACUUCAAGUUGAAGUCCAAAAAUGUUGUCAUGAAGGCUAUUCUGGAGGCAUUGAAGCAAACUGGAUCCAAAUUCAUUCCAUCUCUUCUCGACAACCUUCGUGAGAUUGGUAACCUCCAUCACACCGAAGAAAUCUCCAGCUUGGCUAGAGAAAUUCUUCUCAUCUUCCAAAACUUGCGCUACAAGAAAAACUUCACCGAAAUCACCGCCAGUGGACUCACAGCUACUGUUGAAGAAGUCAAAUUGUGGCUCAAUGGACCGCUUGCCAAAAGACCAGACUCCACCGGAUGGAAGGUUAUCCACGAGUACUUCUUCGACCCAGAAAUCGGAUCCCAGUGCUUGGACCGCUACGUCGCCAUGCACAUUUCAGCUCAUCCAGGAUAUAUGGAGAACACUUACACUCUUCCACAAAUGGGCUGUGUAAUCAGUCACUUCAAUCUUCUAUCCAAGCCAGAUAGCUUCAAUAAAAUUGUGCUCAAGGGAAACAAGCUCAUUGUUGUCCGUCUUUCCAUCGACGCUGAUGCUUACAAUGACUGCUUCACCAACCCAGAUUUCUUGGACUGCCUCAAGAAGAACUUUGCUUCUUACUGUAAGAAGGAUGAGGAGAUCAACGUUUCCAUUUUCGUCAAAAUUUUGAACGACAAAUCUGCUCAUCAUGAUGCUUCCUCUCUUACCGACCAAGAAGAGCAAAUGAUCUGCUACGCCCAGAACGCUGUAGUUGACAUCAAGAAGAAUCUUGAGAACAACUUCAAGGUCAACCGUGUCAACACUGUCUUGAUUCUCAAUGAACGACCACUACCACAGCUGACUAUCUUUGAACAAGUCCGACUUGAGAAGGAUCGUCUUCCAGCUAACUCGUAUCCAGUUCUCUCUGGUCUUUCCUCUGUUAGAGCUUACCAACAAGAUGAUGCAGAGAGCAUGUUCUCCAAAUUGUUCAUCCGUCAACAACUCAUCAUUCCAGGAAAUAAGGCUGAGGAUGUUCAGAAGAAGGUAUCUGAAGCUGUCUUCCUUGCUCUCGACAACGCAUGCACUGCUGCUCAAGUCGCAAAAGCCAAGAAGGACAAGAAAGGAAAAGAAAGAUUCUUCGCUGCCAACCAUGUCUUCGUCUUCAUCUCCUGCCCGGGAUUGCCUAAAGAAGUUAUUGCUUCCGAGGAGCAUCUUGCUUUCAUGAAGGAAUGCAUCACCGAGGAAGUCGAGAAUCAUAAGGCUAUUCUUGCCAAACAUCAAAUCAGCGAAGUGGAGAUGGUCUACGAAUCGAUUGAUGGUCAUAAGAGAAUCGUGAUUCGUGAUGAAACUGGAGUAACCACCGAAGUUAUCACCGAGUUUGACCAAUCUCUUGGAGUCUACCCAACUGUCCAACUCAUCGACAAGAAGCGUUUCGCUUCUCGCAGAGUCAACUCUUCCUACAUCUACGACUUCCCAAUUAUCUUCGGAAUGGCUGCUGUCAAUUCAUGGAACACUGCUAAACAGUUGGAUGUGUCUUCCUACAAUCGUAGUGUUGCUUCUCUGCCACCAUCCAUGGCCGAAGCUCUUCAUGACGGAAGAUGGAGAGAGUUCUUUACUCUUCGUGAACUUGUUUUCGAGAACGGAAAACUUGAACAAAUCGAAGACUCUGAAACUCUCCAGAAACGUGCUAGAAAUGCUCUCAACAAAUGUGGAAUGGUUGCCUGGAUUAUGACUUUGUAUACUCCAGAAAAGCCACAAGGAUAUGACGUUGUUCUCAUUGGAAACGAUGUGACCUUCCAAUCAGGAUCCUUCGGAACUGCUGAAGAUGAUCUCUUCGCCGCUGCUUCUACUUACUCUCGUGAACACAAACUUCCACGUGUCAAUGUCUCAGUGAACUCUGGAGCUCGCAUUGGUCUUUCCACAAAGAUCUCAAAGCUUGUCAAAGUUCAAUUAAAGAAUGAAGACAAGCCAGACCAAGGAUACGAUUACAUUUACGUUGAUGGAGAAUGCAAAGCCGAUGUUGAGGGACAAGUUGUUUAUGAGGAAUUGGAUAACGGAAGAUUGAAGAUUGUAGCUGUUAUUGGAGCUAAGAACGAAAAGAUUGGAGUUGAAAACUUGCAAGGAUCUGGAUUGAUUGCUGGAGAAACCUCUCGUGCUUACUUCGAGGUCCCAACAUACUGCUACGUCACCGGAAGAUCGGUGGGAAUCGGAGCCUACACUGCUCGUCUUGCUCACAGAAUCGUUCAACACAAGCAAUCCCAUCUUAUCCUCACCGGAUACGAAGCUCUCAAUACCCUUCUCGGAAAGAAGGUCUACACUUCCAACAACCAACUCGGUGGACCAGAAGUCAUGUUCCGCAACGGAGUCACCCACUCUGUUGUUGACAAUGAUUUGGAAGGAAUCGCUAAAGUUUUGAGAUGGAUGUCGUUCUUGCCAACCGACAACACUAGCUUCCCAUUCUUCUCGCAAUACGGAAAUGAUUCCAAUAUUCGUGAUGUCAAGGUCCCAGUUGAAGGAGAUGGAAAGCAAUACGAUGUUCGUGACCUCAUCGACUCCAAGGAUCUCACCAACAAGGUUGGAAUCUGUGACACUAUGUCUUUCGAUGAAAUUUGCGGAGACUGGGCCAAGUCCAUCGUUGCCGGAAGAGCUAGACUCUGUGGAAUUCCAAUUGGAAUCGUUGCUUCUGAGUUCCGCAACUUCACGACUACUGUUCCAGCUGACCCUGCUCUUGAGGGCUCUCAACUUCAGAACAUCCAACGUGCCGGACAGGUGUGGUACCCAGACUCUGCAUUCAAGACCGCUGAAGCUAUCAAUGACUUGAACAAGGAAAACCUGCCUCUCAUUAUUAUCGCUUCCCUCCGUGGAUUCUCUGGAGGACAGAAGGAUAUGUAUGACAUGGUCUUGAAGUUCGGAGCACAGAUCGUUGACGCAUUGGCCACCUACAACCGUCCAGUCAUUGUGUACAUCCCAGAGGCUGGAGAGCUCCGUGGAGGAGCAUGGGCUGUGCUCGAUAGCAAGAUCCGUCCAGAAUUCAUUCAUCUUGUGGCUGAUGAGAGAUCCCGUGGAGGUAUCCUUGAGCCAAACGCUGUUGUUGGAAUCAAGUUCCGUGAGCCAGUGAUCGCCGAGAUGAUGAAGCGAUGUGACCAGACCUACGCUGAGCUUGCUGCUGAUUCCAAGUCUAAGAUUCAAGCCAAGGAGAGAUUCGACGAGUUGAGCAAAGUCUACAGAAAUGCUGCUGUUGAGUUUGCUGAUGCUCACGAUAGAUGGCAAAGAAUGAAGUCUGUUGGAGCAGUGGAUCAUGUUACCUCCCUCAAGAGCUCUAGAAGAUUAUUCUUCGAAUUGUUCAGAAAUGAGCUUGCUAAAGUUGGAAUGGCUGAGACUUACUCCAAUGCUCCACAUGCUAGCAAGCCAUGCCUCGCUUCCUCGAUGACAUGGGUUGAAGAGAAUUUGAAGACAUUUGUGAAUCAUUCUGAUUCUAUGGACAAGCAAUACAAACAAAUUGAAACUUAUUAUCAGAAGCAAUUCGUGUCUGAUUUAGUUUCGGCGGUGACAGAGUCCAAGAAACGAUACGAAGAACAGUUGAGCAAUUUCAUGGCUGGAAUUACGCGAAACAACCGGUCUUGA